AUGAGCGGGCGAAAACCGGCGCGCGCGGCGCGGACGGAGUCGAUCGAGGGGGAGGUGUUCAGACCGCGCGAGCGGUUGAAGACGAACGCGGAUUUCGAUCGCGUCAAGCGAGAGGGGCGGACGUAUAACGGUGCGCAUCUGCGAAUUCGCGCGGUGGAUAACGCGAAUCACGAACCGGCGACGUGCACGCGAAUCGGGAUCGUCGUGCCGAAGAAACAGGUGAAGCGCGCGGUGGAUCGAAAUCUGAUAAAGCGACGGAUUCGGCACGCGUUUCGCACGAACAAGGACGCGUGGCCGGCGCGCGUGGACUUUAUCGUCUUCGUCAACGCGAGCGCGCUCGAGGGCGGGUUCGAGGGCGUGCGAGACGACAUGUUCGCGUGGAGUCGAGAGUACGCGGCGCGCGGCGAGCAGUCGCGCGCGACGAAGAGUUUCAAAGACGCGAAGCGUCGGCGAGCCGAAAAGUUUCGCGCGAGCUCCGACGCCGUCAACGCGUGA